GUGGAGGUCAAAGGUGACUUGCUCUGCACUCAACGCCUCGAUCGAUUGACUUGCUCUUGUUGCUUUGUGGUUCGCCGCAUUAAGUACGGCAGGACAUAAAUCUCCGCCGUCCUUGACCAAAAGACUUCGCCUGAACUGUUAAGUCUCAAACUACGACCGACCACAGCGUCUAACGAAAGCGCCGACCGACAUGGCGCCAGCAGGUGAGGCGGACAUGUCUGUCGACUAUUAUGACCUAUUGUCGAUUCCUGCGACCGCGUCAGAACCAGAGAUUCGACGCGCAUACCGAAAAACUUCCCUACUCUAUCAUCCUGAUAAAGUUAAGCCAACUCCAGAAAAUCUGGAAAAGUUCCAGCUACUACAGACUGCCAUAAACAUCCUAAGCGAUGCCGCUGAGAAGCUGAAAUAUGACCAGACACGAGAAGCUAAGCAGAGGCGGCAGGCCGAAACGGCAGCCUUGGAAAGCAGGAGGAGGAAAAUGAAGGAGGACCUGGAGAAAAGAGAAGGGGGACCAAAUGGCGUGGCAUUCAGUGUUAGUGGCACGAAGAGGACGUGGAGUGACAGGGAACUGGAAAUCAAGCGCAUAGCAGAAGAAAACCGUAAGCGACGAGAGGCGGUAGUACAGCAAAAGACACAAGAAGCCCAUGCUCGGGCUGAGGCAGAAGAGCAACCUUCAGACUCGAUCGACCGAUCUGUCAAGGUACGAUGGAUCAAAGAAGCGGAAGGACUCGAUGUCGACCAGGAGGCUCUCGAAGAGAACUUUCCCGCAGGUGAUGUCGAAAAUGUGCUCGUUCUCAAGGACAAGAAACGGCGCAUUGAAGGUAGAGACAAAAAAGUCAUGCUUGGAACUGCCGUCAUUGUGUUCAAGUCAUUGGCUAUCGCUAAGAAGAUAGUGGCUCAGGGACCGUGGGAAGGCAUUGAGAGUGUUGGAUGGGCUGCUGAGAAAGAACCGGAUGCGACUUGAGAGCAGCAGUCCGAUCUACGGCAACGUCAGGUCUAUUUCCCAAUUAUGCCAUCAUUUCAAGCAGCGCUUCCGGCCAUACACAUCAGCCGAUUUCGAUGAAGAAUCAUCUCAGCGUCGAGCCAUGACCCGGCAACCUCAAACUGCUCUUGCGCGAUGCGGGAGACGCUGUCACAUGACUGAUGACAACCGCUCCACAAAGCCGAACUGGCAAACGAGCAGCUUCACAGCCAUUGAUCGGACGCGGUACAGGGAGAGUCUUUCCCGUGCCUAGCAAGGCUCGAUAAUGAUAGAGUUGGGACCUACUAUUGUGCAGUAAGAUUCAUCCAACACCUCGAGUUGACCAUCUUGGGGCUAGGGUCCUGGAGUGGUUCAUCCUUCACUGACCAAUCUCAUUAUCGUUGAGGAAUCUGCCACACCUUCGAACACCGCCAUAGCCCACACGAACGAAGAUCAACCAAGACCA